UUUUCCGGAUGUUCCAUUUUAGACCAACGGGGCGUGUUUUGGGCCGCCGGAUAAGAUCCAUCUAUGGGAGUGACCUGACCGGAAUUCCUGAUUUCGAUUAGGAAAGUUGGCUGCGCGUUUCUCCGCAAUCUGCAAAGAAACUGCGUAAAACAAACAGCAAAGUGACCUGUAAACCAGGCAAUAUCAGACUGACAGACAGACAGACUAACAGAGGACACCUGACAUCUGGAAAAGUAUAAACCUAGCGCUUAAAAUGAUCGCUUGAUAGGCAUUGAUUCCCAGUUGUGUCACAGUGCGUGCCUCCUAUUAGCUGCCCAACCUUCUUUUAUCUCAUGUCCUUUUAUGGUCAAUGACGUAGCACAUAUUGAAAGCCUCCUUUAAAUGCCUACUAACGCACGAGCCUCGGUUAUCUACCGUCGCGCAACUGAAGGGUGCGAAUUAACAACAUACCAGCGAGCAGUGCCUCAUAUUUAACAUAUCCAAUAAACAGAGAUAUCCGUUGUAAUCAUUUCUAUAUCCUCAAUUAUAAUGCCUGGUUAAACCCGAACUUCAAAACUCAGUGCUUUUGGGCAACUUUGCAGUGGCUUAAAAUGACAGCUAACAGUGUGGAUAAAGUCGCUGAGUCGCUAACUGAUUUCAUACGCUCCAUUGCAACGGAUGCUUGUCCUAUGGAUGAAAUCCCUACAGACUUACCGAGCGGCUUUCCUCAUGUAGACCUGGGAAGCGAGGCAUCAGGAGGUGGCCUGGGCGCGGACAGUUUCUCUAAGGAAAAGCGCACUGCUGACUUUAUAGACCCGAAUAACACACAGAGCUCUCCUGUCGCCUACACGGGCAAGAUUUCCAUCGGCGCUCAGUGCGCACACGGCAGCUGGAACGCAGACAGCCUGAUAAACUUUGUCUGCGCAGAGGUACAAAGCGCGACACCUGCCCUCACCCCUUUCCCUACCUCCUCUCCAGGACCCACAGACCUCUCAGGGGCUCCAGCUUGUCCCAAAGGCCACGAGAAGGAUAUGGAGCACAUGUACACAUCACCUCCACCUUACACCUGUAGUGCGGACGGCUACCAGGACCCCUCGACCUACCUAUCAACCAGUACAUGUCCGAUCACGUACCCGCCAGCUUCUUACACAUCCCCGAAGUCCACCAUAGACGGUGCGCUUUUCUCCAUCAUACCAGAUUACGGGGGUUUUUACCAGAGCAGCAGCCAAAGGGAUGCGCCAGUCUUCCAGGACCGAAAACCGUUUUCCUGCUCUCUGGACACCGUUAGAGUUCCUCCGCCCCUCACUCCGCUGAACAUGAUAAGAAAUUUUACUCUUUCGUGUCCCAUGGACGGAUUGAGGCCGCCCACGGACUCCAACCCUCAGAGUGUCCCGUUACGACCAAUACUGCGACCGAGGAAGUACCCGACCCGGCCGUGUAAGACCCCGGUGCAUGAGCGGCCGUACCCGUGUCCAGCGGAGGGCUGCGACCGCAGGUUCUCGCGCUCCGACGAGCUCACGCGCCACGUGCGCAUCCACACCGGCCACAAGCCGUUUCAGUGCCGCAUCUGCAUGCGCAGCUUCAGCCGCAGCGACCAUCUAACCACCCACAUCCGCACGCACACGGGCGAGAAGCCCUUCUCCUGCGACUUCUGCGGCCGGAAGUUCGCCCGGAGCGACGAGCGAAGGAGGCACACGAAAAUUCACCAAAGACAGAGAGAGAAAAGGGCGAGCGCUCCUCCUGCCCACACAUCAGGCGCUCAGGGCUCCAUGUGAGAAAGAAACGGCCUCCUGAACCCUGACCACGUGAUAAGGAAAGGGCGCUGGACAGAGGACCUUGUUUACCACCUUUCGGCUCGAGACGCCAUAUUGUUUAAAUGGGUACGUCCUAAACUGUGUACUACCUUACUUAACCAGGACAUGCAGAGUUCUUCAGGGGGACGAGCUCAGAUUUAAAAAAAAAAAAAAAAAAACGGAAUCCACACGUUCCCAGCCCUGGUCUUGGAGUACCCCUGUCCUUGCGCAUUUUGAUGUCUUUGCUGCUGUAACACAUCUGAUUCAACUUAUCAAUAUUGUACAAUAUUGAGUUGAAGUGGGUGUGUUAGAGCAGGGAAAACACUAAAAUGUUCAGGACAGGGGUAGUCCAGGACCCUUAUCAUGGGCAGAGUGCUCGCUGCAGUGGAAAGACUGACCUGGAGUCAGGGUCCCUGGAAAAUGGGUCCUCAAAGGGUCUAAUGUUAGCAUUUUCAACAGGUAGAUGAGGUUGCCCACAGAGACUGCAUUUGCACAGGGCCUAGAAAUGUAGAAUACUGAAUGUAAACAAACACAUUCUUAACUGGAUAUAUUUUUUACAUUUUUAUUUCAAUGUGUAAUAAAUAUGAAAGUGGCUUGCCUUGCAGCCUCUAUCUCAGUCCUACUUUCAGUAGGACAAACAUUUAGCCCCAUAGCUGCCUCCUUUCUCACUCACUAUGGAAUAUUGAGUAAAUUUGCUACUGAAUCAUGUUCCAAACAGCAACAUUGAAGUUUGUUUUCCAACUUAGCUGUUAAACCUCUAUUCAGUGUAUAUGGCAUUUUUUUCAGUAGAAAUUGUUUAAAUCUUCUUCAAGAAGGUAAGGUACGAAGCUGAACUGAAAUACAGAGUAAAACAAUAAUGUUUUCUUAGCAGCUGGGAGCUAACUAACUGAUAAACAUUAGAGUUCCAAGGUUAAACCUACAUAUGCUGGUUGGAAAUAAUCACGUACAUGUUCAACUGAUUUAGACGUAUUAACAAAGUUCUGUGAUUUUUUUUUUUUAGCUAUACCUACUUUAGCUUACUAUUUAUUUUUUCCUCUUACUUUACCUAUAACUUUUAUACAGCAGGUUAGUUAUUUAGGAAGAAAAUGCAGAUUUUUUUUUAAUUGUCUGCUGCUUUUUUUCCUCAAGCCAUUUUGCUCAUGUCAUUGUUGUAAUUCAUACUUUGCCUAAAAACAUGUCUGUAAUUUAUACUGAAAUGGGGCACUUCUGCUUUAAAGGGAGCUCUGAAAGAAGUGCCCCCACCCUCUGCAUGUGCCUGGUAAUAAGUGGUAUAUAAAAACAGUAUGAUAUUGCACGGUACUAUGAGAUUUCUGACCUGGCCUGUGUGUGCAAAUCAAAGGCAGCUUUAUAUGAGCCUUGUGUAUGACACUGUUUAUGUAUUUCACAUGAUCAGGGGGGAAAACCCUGCUGUUACAAAUACCCUGUUUGGGCUCUGUAUAUUCUGUUUCUUGAAAGUCUAGGUCUGCUGUUUAAAUGUUUGUAACUGAUGAUUUCCUUUGUAACAUUCACAGAUCACUGUAUAGAAUUAACCGCUGCUUUUCGUAACUGGUGAAGUAACGCUCACUUUACUAUCUUACUGUGAUUUUUAUGCUGACUUUUUGUGAAACUGGGCCCUUCUCAAGAACUGAAUUUGUUCCUAGUGUGCCCUAAUAACAUUUGUUCUGUAUACAAAAGAAGUGUGUCCAAAUCAUGUUAUAAGGUGUUAAUCUGUGAAUGAUUUAAUUAAUACAAUGUAGAUAUGCUUUACAUGCAGUGUUGCAAGUGGGCAAGUUUAAAGUGCCAGGCAUUACAUAGUCAUACCACUAGAGGCUACCCUUUGACAUCUUUGGGUAAGACAGGAAGGUAAGGUGUAAGUGAACCCAGGAUCCCACUUACACCCGGACAUUUCAUAAGUCUUGUAUCUACUUUGUUUCCUGCUAAGAUUUUAACCACAUGCACUUACACUUGUAGACAAAUGCAUCUCUGGUCAGACUGAAAUCUGCAUUUAUGAGUUAAUAUGCAAAUUACAUUCGAACACCAAUUUGCACUGUUUCUCAUUUUUAGUUAGUUUUAUUUGAAAGUUGCCACAUCAGGAUUUUUCAUAACCUUUUAAAUCUUACUAGUUUUAAUGGCACCAAUAUUAACAAGUGCAUCAAAUUCAUUUAUACCUGUACUGUAUAACAUGGCUGCAUUCAUUAGUGGUUUGGAUGAUCAGAUUUAAAUGUUUAAAAUGUAUCUUUUGGUGAAUUUACACUUUCAUUAUUUUGUGUAUAAUCUGGAUGUAAUCCUGAUACUCAGGACACAUGAACCAAAGUGUAAAUGGAAUCUAGAAUACUUGUAGUGUGUGUGUGUGUGUGUGUGAGAAA